AUGCCGACAACGAUCCAUCCCGAUCGCGAAUUCAUCCACCUGCCGGAUAUGAUACCCACCGACAACGCCACUGCGAAGACGCGCACCCUACCCUCUUCCGACGCGAUGUCGCAGCAGCGCGUCGAUGAGACGCAAAGUGCUUCCUAUUGCGUUGGUGUGCCUUACAAACACAACGUGAAGGCUCGACACCAGCGCAGUUCAUCUUCCGGGACCUCAUCCGACAUGAGCUCCUGGAGUUCACAAGCAUAUACGACGACCGACAGCCAUGCCAAAGCGCCGGUCCCCCUUCAGGACCGGAACGGCAAUACCCUGGCGAACCAUCGUCGCCCCGAAGCGCCACCGACCUUCCUUGGAGGGGCCUUCCUCAACCCGGUCUGGGUCAACACCUCCCGUGUCGGCUUCGGCCAUGUCGACCGCGCACACACCCACAUGCUCGAGCCCUUCCGGGUUCCAAGGGGUGCGAUCCUCAAUCCCGUAUGGAUCGACACCCCCGGUGUCGGACGAGGGAACGUGUCCGGUGCCCGCGCAGACCUCGAGCCUUUCAGGCCCAGCCUUGCCGAGGAGGCAGGCGACCGCAGCCCCGCUGGAGCGUCCCCCAAAGUCUCCUGUGUACGAUUAUGGGGGGCCUCCGACGACCUCGACUGGGCUGUCGCGCUCAGCACCUACGACGGCCUCAAUAUCGAGGAGACGAAGCAUGCCGUUGACUUCCUGUCCCUGUGGAAGAGGAAGUCGGAGAGCUUAGCCAGACGGUACGAGGUGCAGUAUCGGAAGGCGACGAACGUGGUCGAAAGAGCUGGGGAGGUGUUGCUGGAGGAGAUACGGAUGGAGGAUGCCCCGAGCUUGCUGCUCGCAUCGUUGGAGGAAGACACGUCAGCCGAAGUUGUCGACAACACCUGGCCUGAUGACUUCCAGACGCCGUCGAAGUUGGACAGCAUCAUGCCUGGCCUCGCCGGAUUAGGCGAACACUUCGAGGAUUGA